GAGAGAGAGAGAAGAAAUGGUGAGAGAGGUAUCAGAGAGCUGCGUGGAUAGUCUACUCACAGAGAUGGUCUCCAUGUACUGCAGUCGCUUAUACGCCAACAAGCCCGAGCUUGCUUCCAGCAGGAUCGACGCUAUUGGCUACCAGGUUGGCCACCAGCUCUCCGAGAGGUAUACGAUGGAGCGGCCUCGAUUCACUGAUCAUCUGGAUGCAAUUAAGUUCAUCUGCAAGGAUUUCUGGUCUGAGCUAUUCAAGAAGCAGAUAGACAACUUGAAGACCAAUCAUAGGGGUACCUUUGUGUUGCAAGAUAAUAAGUUCCGGUGGCUUUCACGCAUGUCUGCUGAUCUGUCUGCGGAAAAUGGAAACGUGUCUCAAGAAAAUUCCGAGGCCUCUGCUGAGAACAAGGCGCAACAGAUACCUAAUAUGCAUCUUCAUUUCUCUUGCGGGGUCAUUAAAGGGGCACUUCAUAACUUGGGGAUUGCUUGCGCUGUUUCUGCGGAUACUUCCCAGCUCCCUGCAUGUUCAUUUGUGGUUCGUAUAAAACCAUGAUCAUUCACCAAGGACCACAGAGAGCCAGAAAGAUUGGGGUUCAAUUCAUCAGGUUAUCAAUCAAGGCUAGUGAUUUUCUCUCUUUUGUGCCCAAGGGAUUUCACUAGAGUUCAGAAUUUCUUUGUAACUUUUAAAGUCACUAGUAUUUGGGAGAAAUUCCUUCGAAUUACUGAAUUGCUAGAAGCAGAUUAUAUGGGGAAUUGUUGUUCACAAAAGUCUACCUAGUGUGACGCUGCAACUGUAGGAGAAAUGGAGAAUGUUAAGAAAUUAAAAUUUGUAUUUAUAUGUUAUUAAAAAAAUUGUAUUUAUUGCAUAUGAGAUUGUGCUCU